AUGUCGGAUUCCGAACGAGAUGAAAAUCGACAACCCCCGGGCGGAAAGCGUAGGGGGAAGUCGUGUUUGGCCCCAGAAUUAGGGGGGUCGGGAGCCCGUCGCGUUACUACGCGUAAAGUUUCUGCUUCAGCUAGACGGAAGAAACAACCGACACAACUGACGCAUACUUCUCCCGAUAACAGACGCAAGUCUGUUGAUGAUCUUAGAGAGUCUGAUGAUUUCGAGAGCUCAGAGGACGAGCCAAGUGAAAAAAUUUACAUUUCUAAACGGAAGAAGGGUGCAGGUGGUCGGUUCGUUGGCGACUCGUCAUCGGGGUCGAACAGACGACCCGAAGAGGGUGACGUGUGGACCGUUACUGGUCCAGUACCUGAUGGACCCGAGGAUGACACUGUUAUUCCUAGUUUUCUCGGACAUGUCGCUUCUAGGUUAUGGGAUGGGGCGGACAGAGGCGUGCUGAAGUGUCAGACUAGACAUGGAGCUCUUCGGAAGCAGAGACAAUGGUAUGAGACGGCCUCAGAGGAGGUUAAGGUGCUGAUAGACGGGACUGAGUUAUCACAUCUCCCGUUUAUCAUGUUUGAUCAUCUGGAUAUCCCGCUCCUUUCUGCAUUUGUGGAGCGAUGGCAGCCAGAUACAAACUCUUUUCACAUGCCAUUCGGGGAGAUGACCAUCACAUUACAUGACGUGUGGCAUAUUCUUCGCAUUCCAGUUGGUGGAGCUAUGGUUUCAGGUCAGCCGAAUAAGGCUCAGCUGAUGGCUUACUGCGUACAGAUUUUAGGUAUUUCACCAGAGGAUCUGGUGAGUAAGAUGACCAAGCAUUUUGCCCAGGGAGGUGUGCUGAUUGAGUCGAUCAUCAGCUUAUGUAGGCAUGGCCGUAUUGCAGAGGUGGAGGCGAUAGCCUGGAUCUGGUUGACGUUAGGUUGCACUUUAUUCACUGAAAAGAGUGGCCAUCGGAUUAGACCUGCAACCAUAUGGGAGGUGCGGGAUGGAGUCACAGAUACGAGUACAGUUUCCUGGAGCUCAGCUACACUUGCUUAUCUCUAUCGGCAGCUUGGAAUCUCAUCGAGAGGAGACUGCUCGGGUUUGACUGGGUGUCUGACACUGCUGCAGACAUGGAUUUAUGAGUACUUUCCAUGCUUUCGACCCCAGUGA